AUGGGUAUGUUGAAAAUCGCUGCUGGGCAAAUGUGCUCGUCGGCAGACUUAGCGCAAAAUGCCCGAGUGGUGGCCAAACUCGUCGCUGCUGCCGCUGCCCAAAACGCCAAAGUUUUGUUUCUUCCUGAAGCUGCUGAUUACAUAUCCCGAGACGCAGCGCACUCGCGCCGCUUGGCGAGUCGCUCGCAUACAGACUUUAUUUCUCAUGUCCAACAGCUGGUUAAGCGUUUGUUUGACGAGUCGUCGGGUCCAGAAGAGGACAGAGGGAUUUUUGUGGCGUUGGGAGUGCAUGAGCCAGGCCAUGAUAAGGAAGCCAAGGUGCAAAAUAACCAGUUGUGGAUUGAUAACCGCGGCCGCAUUUUGCACCGCUACCUGAAGCUCCACCUUUUUGAUGUGAACAUCACUAACGGGCCAGUUUUGCAAGAAUCGCGGUCUGUAGAAGCGGGCAUGGAGCUUUUGCAGCCAUUUCCUGUCAACAAUGCUUCGUGGAGCAACUUCCAUGUGGGUCUUGCUAUCUGUUACGACAUCCGCUUUCCAGAGCUUGCACUCCGUCUCCGUCGCUUGGGCGCCAAUAUUCUCACAUACCCUUCGGCCUUCACCACACGGACGGGUGAGGCGCAUUGGCUUGCUUUGGGACGGGCACGGGCGAUAGAUUCACAAUGUUAUGUAGUUAUGGCGGCUCAAUGCGGUUCCCAUGAUGUGGAGGCAGACUUGCCACCUGAAGAACGGAAGGGUGGCGGUCCACGUGUCAGCUAUGGCCAGACUGUGGUGAUAGGUCCAUGGGGAGAAGUGUUGGCGCAGGCGCCGACGUAUAAUGAGCGAGGUGAGACUGAUUCUGAUGGAGACUACUACGAGAUUGUGACGGCAGAUGUUGAUUUGGACCAUGUGGAACGCAUUAGAAGGGACUUGCCUGUGUUUGACCACCGACGCCCAGAAGUAUUUGGCUACGAAGUGUAA